GCGGAUGUGAGAAAGGAACGACAACUCUUGGUUGAAUGAUAAGAAGUUGCGGACUGAAGUAGACCUGGUAACCCUGUUGGACACUGGGCUGUAGGUACAUGUAGACAGUGUUCACACAGACAACAUGAGGUUAACAGCACUGGGUCCUCAGAUGCAUCUGUGUUUGAGGGCACUGCUCCCGGGUGUGGGUACCUCUGUGGCCAGAGGAAAUUAUCACAGUGAAAGGUCAAGGUCAUUGUUGGGUUUUCAUGGUUGUAGGACUUACGGAAAUCAAAUAAUAGACUCUCAUGAAAGAUUUGAGGAUUAUGAAUGGCAUAGAAAGUGGAUGGAAAGUCAAUCCAGGAAAGAAAACCUCCCUGAGUACUAUAAUUUUGCUGGAGAUGCAAUUGACAGAUGGGCAGCACUAGAGAAGACAGGAGCACGGCAAUCAUCCAAUCCUGCUUUAUGGAUAACAAACGAUGAGGGCGAAGACCGCACUUGGAGCUUUCAGGAUCUGUCUACUGUGUCAAAGAGGACAGCCAAUGUGCUUAUCCACAAGUGUGGCCUUGACCCCGGGGAUAAGCUCAUCCUCAUCCUUCCGCGAGUCCCGGAGUGGUGGUUCGUCAAUGUGGCAGCAAUAAGAGCGGGUUUGAUACUGAGUGCAGGAACAGUGUUACUGCGUCCAAAGGACAUCAAACACCGUAUCCAGCUAUCGGGGGCCAAGUGUAUAGUGGCGGACAGACUGUCGAUGGACAACGUGGACAAGAUUGCAGAUGAGUGCCCUUCACUGAAAUCCAAAGUUUUUGUUGGCAGUAGAUCAGAAACAAGGCCUGGUUGGCUUAACUUUGAAGAUGUGCUGUCUAAAGCCAGUGAUGAAUUUCAGACAGUAAAAUCAAAAUUCAAUGAUCCAAUGACAGUGUUUUUUACGAGCGGAACAACAGGGUCUCCCAAGAUGGCUCAGCACACCCACGGUAGCUAUGGAUACGGUAACAUCAUCACAGCAAGGUACUUCCUGCAGACAACGGAACAAGAUGUGGUGUGGAAUAUGUCAGACACGGGAUGGGCCAAGUCGGCCUGGAGCAGCCUUUUUGCUCCCUGGUUACAGGGCUCCUGUGUUUUUGCCCACAACACAGACAAGUUUGACCCGGUAUCAACACUUAAGAUAUUGGAGACAAAGCCAGCCAUCAGUGUGUUUUGUGCUGCUCCCACAGCAGUGAGGUUCCUGGUCCAGCACCCACUCCGUCAGUACAAACAUGGGAAGCUACACUGUGUCAGUGCUGGGGAACCUGUGAACCCAGAGCUGCUGCAGGAGUGGAAAACAGGGACAGGACUGGACUUGUACGAGGGCUACGGUCAGACAGAAACAACCUUUCUAUGUGGAACAUAUCCUAUGAUGGAGAACAGACCAGGAUCUAUGGGGAAAGCUGCCCCAGGGAUUGACUUAAAGAUUGUGGACGACAAUGGGGUAGAAUUACCACCAAACACAGAGGGUAACAUCGGAAUCAAUACCAACAACUACCGCCCCAUAGGGCUCUUCUCUGGCUAUGUGGGCGAUCCGGAUCGUACAGCCUCAGUGUUCCAGGGUGGAUACUACUUGACGGGAGAUCGUGCCAAGAUUGACGAAGACGGAUACGUGUGGUUCAUUGGACGAGCUGAUGAUGUCAUCCUCACAUCAGGGUACAGAAUAGGGCCAUUUGAGGUGGAGAGUUCACUGAUAGAACACCCGUCUGUGUUAGAGUCGGCUGUGGUCAGUAGUCCCGACUCAGUCCGAGGAGAGGUGGUGAAGGCUUUCGUCACACUGACCAGUGAGUACCAAUCAGCUGACCGGAACAAGCUGAUCGUGGAACUCCAGGAACAUGUCAAAGCAGUGACCGCUCCAUACAAAUACCCGAGGAAGAUUGAAUUUGUGGACCAACUUCCAAAAACUGUGAGUGGAAAAAUACGACGAGUGGAAUUACGCAAUAAAGAGUGGGAACACAUAUCUGAGAAAUGAAGACCCAUACCAAGGAACUAAUGACCGAUACGAAAAGAACUGAUGACCACCCACAUUUGUUUAUAAACAGAGGAUCAGUACUGACUUGUUGCGAGGUUGACACAAAGUUUAAUCAGUAGAAUAGUUUGUAGUGGUGUGUGAUAUACAGAAGGUGCUUAGUAGUGGACAUUUUGUUAUAUUUCCUCAUAAUUAGAAACAAUAGAAAACUAGAUCACUUUCAAAGAACAAACAUUUUUUGUAAAUAACACAGUUUAGUACACUCAGUAUCACAGUAAAAAAGUAGGUUGUAUUUUUGUUUACUUCAGAACUGUUUGAAGACACCAGAUAUAUACUCUAUUAUGUAAUUAUAUAAGAUGAGGUAGGUUUCUCUCAUAACCCUAAACAAAUGUUGAUGAUUUAAAAACCUAUUAAAAAUAUUCCAGGUGCCCAUUAAGAGAUUUGAUUGGCUGACAAAUUAUGAACUAUAACUCAAAUUUUAUCUGGCCAAUUUAGUUUGAAUUUGGAAGAUGUAGUUCCCUAUUUACCUUAAUUGAAAUCCUGUUCAGUUUGGCACCUGUUGACGUUAGUUACACCAGGUGCCAAGUACAGAUCCAUCAGUUAACGUGUUGUACGUAUGUCUGUUUUAAUACAAACCUCAUGGGUAAAAAGGGUAUUACAAAUCCACAUUUCUCUGUAAUUAGUUGACUCCAUACCACACUAGUAGAGUUCUCUAGAUCAUGUGAUGACAAACAAGACAGUUACUCAGGAGUAUUUAUUCAGACAAUUUAAAAUUAUUUUCUGUUUUUGGGCUCAAAAAGUCACAGGAAUAAGCACUUUGACACAACAACAAGUCAGCAAAUUGGA